GUGAUUGCUUGUUCAAACCCCCGUUUUUGUCUCUUUUUGAAAAUAAUUUUAACUGGAAAUAUGUACAAUACAUAUGCUAUGUUCGUCAAAUCAGGAUCAGGAGGUUCACAGGUUUUUUCGUGUCCUUUUUUUUUCUUUAAAAGGAUGAAACUAGCAUGUACAUAUGAAAUAGUGACUGAAUUCGAAACUCCCAUGAAUUCUUUCAGUAUCUGAAGAUUGCUGUACAUUUUAUGAGUAAUAAAAUAAAGAAAUGAGUUAUGUUAUUUAAUAAUGAACUAUGGGUUAUCUGUUUUAUGUGACAACCGCAGUAUCAAUUUCUAGGUGACAGUGGUGCUAAUCCCAAAAGAAAGGCUACAUACAAAAAGGAACAAGAAGUCUAUUGGCAAAGUGAUGAAUAUUGCAUGUACCUUGGCCUAACGGUGUGGGUUAUGUAUUUUAUUUUUCAUGGCGUCCUCAACAUUACAGUUUUAAGGGCAACAAUAGCCUAAAUUUGUUUACAACUCGCAGGAUUUCCAUACGUGAGCUUUCAACAACACAGAGUGUUGCAUCAGCACGAGAUCGAAAGUGCGUCAAAUCUGUACAGCAUUGUUACGUCAUCACUGAUAAACGUUGAAACUGAUCAAAAACCGCUGGAGCGGUGCUGGAGGAUUGCGUUUGUUUUCGCUUUGGAUGCGCGUUCAUUUUGGCAAGGAAAUGUGCUGAUUUUGCAAGGAGAUGGAGAAUAAAGAGUUCAAGCAGGCUGCAGUGGUGACCUUCACUACCGUGACCCACAAGGAUGAAACUUCCCAGACCAGCCUCACCCUCAGCAGGGGAAAGAGAAGCUACCCAGACCUACACACCUUUGUGCAGGGCAUGAAGGACGACCAUUGGAAUCUGCUGAGUGAGAAUAUGCGUGCCGGGAUGAGCAGACAUGAGUUUAGUGCCAAGUGCAUGGAUAUUGUAGCAUGGGUGAUGGAGUCUACAUCCACUGUGGUUGUUCCCGCCCUUGACCUCACCAUGCAGAUAGAGCUCUCUGAUUCGCCAAGCUCUUCUGGAUCAGGAAGUAAUGAGGCAGGAGAGGUGACCUCUCUUGGCCGCAGCGUCAGAUUCAGCUGUAGUGGAGGACCCAGCAGGUGCACCAGCGCCAGAACCGCCUGCAGCACACGCACUCCCACGCCUUUCCCUCCUCUCACAGCAAUCAAAACAGAGCUCGAGAACCAGAGACCUACCAACCUGGCAGCCAGAGACCUACUAUCGUCUCUGGUAGAGACCAUUGAGGACAUGGAUAUCUCUGACAUCCUCCAGGGCCCGUCGGCCAUUUUGGAGGAGGCUGCUGUGAUAAAGCACCCAGAGAUGUCCACCUCGACAAUAUACAGAUCUCUGCUUCUCGACUCAUCUCUCGCCUCCUCUAAGAUGGUCACUGAGAGCAUUAUCUUCAACAACCCAUGCCCAUCAGAGGAGAAUUGGAGGAGUAUAUUGUCAAAGCUGAGCAAUGCAUCACUCAGGUCAUUCAGGAUGCAGCUGUGA